UCUUGGCCUGAGGCCAUGGCCCCGCGGCAGCAGUUGGAGAAAGCGGCCUGGCGCUGGGUGAUGACAGUGAAACCGGAGGAGGUGUCGCAGGAGCAUGUGGAGAUCGCAUACCGCAUCUGGUUGAAGCCCUGCAGCCGCAGCUUGUGUAGACGCAACUGCCGAGGAAAUCCGAAUUGCCUGAUCGGGAUCGGUGAGCAGAUUUGGCUGGGAGAAAGAGAUGACACUAGUUUUCCUAACAUCGAUGAUCCUGACAGUGAACGGCGAAAAGAUAACACUUUUGUGGGCCUAACUAACCUUGGGGCUACUUGUUACGUUAACACUUUGCUUCAGGUGUGGUUUCUCAACCUAGAGUUUCGCCAGGCGCUGUACUUAUGUCCAAGCAGCUAUAACGAUUAUAUGAGGGGAGAUGGCAUCCAAGAAAAGAAAGAUUAUGAGCCUCAAACAAUUUGUGAGCACCUCCAGUAUUUGUUUGCUCUGUUGCAGAACAGUAAUAGACGGUGCAUUGAUCCAUCAGCGUUUGUUAAAGCCUUGGGCUUGGACAUAGGACAACAGCAGGAUGCUCAAGAAUUUUCAAAGCUCCUUUUGUCUCUUUUGGAAGAAACUUUGUCUAAACAAAAAAAUCUAGAUGUGCAGAACAUUGUCCAACAGCAGUUCUGUGGCGAGUAUGCUUAUGUGACUAUUUGCAGUGGGUGUGGCAGAGAAUCUAAACUCUCAUCAAAGUUUUAUGAGCUGGAGUUAAACAUCCAAGGCCACACCCAGUUAACUGAUUCUAUCUCAGAAUUUUUGAAGGAAGAAAAAUUAGAGGGAGACAAUCAAUACUUUUGUGAAAACUGUCAAAGCAAACAGAAUGCAACAAGGAAGAUUCGACUCCUUAGCCUUCCUUGCACUCUGAAUUUACAGCUGAUGUGCUUUGUCUUUGACAGGCAAACUGGACAUAAGAAAAAACUGAAUACUUAUAUUAGUUUCUCAGAACUUUUGGAUAUGGAACCUUAUGUUGAAGAUAAAGUUGGGCCCUAUGUGUAUGAACUCAGUGCAGUCCUCAUACACAAAGGAGUGAGUGCUUAUUCUGGUCAUUAUGUUGCCCAGGUGAAAGAUCCAGAGUCUGGUGAAUGGUUUAGUUUUAAUGAUGACAACAUAGAAAAGAUGGACAAGAAGAAAUUAGAACUAGGGAUUGACGACGAUGAACCAGAGACCUCUAAGUCCAUGCCACGCAAACCAAAGUGUGCCAAAGGAACCCACUGCUCUCGAAAUGCAUACAUGCUAGUUUAUAAGCGCCAAACCCAAGAAAAGCCCAGUAUACCUGUUCAGAUGCCGGCUUUUCUUCAAGAGCUGGUAGACAGAGAUAAUUCCAAAUUUGAGGAAUGGUGCUUUGAAAUGACCGAGAUGCGUAAGCAAAAUGUUGAUAAAGGAAAAGCAAAGCAUGAGGAGGUUAAGGAGUUGUACCAAAGAUUACCUGCUGGAUCGGACCAUUAUGAAUUUAUCUCUCUGGAGUGGCUGCAGAAUUGGUUGGAUGAGUCGAUACCUACGGAGCCAAUUGACAACCGCCCUUUCCUGUGCUCACACGACAAGCUCCAUCCUGAUAAAGUAUCGAUCAUGAAGAGAAUAUCUGAAUACGCAGCUGACAUUUUCUACAGCAGAUACGGAGGAGGACCACGACUAACCACAAAAGCCCUGUGUAAAGAAUGUGUAGUAGAACGUUGCCGUGUGAUGCGUCUGAAGAACCAACUAAAUGAAGACUAUAAAACUGUUAAUAAUCUGCUAAGAGCACCAGUCAAGGGCAAUGAAGGCUUUUGGGUUGGGAAAGCAUCCUUGCGGAAUUGGCGCCAACAAGUUCUUGAACAACUACAGGAGGAAGAUAGUGAUGCAGGCCAAAGCAGUGAAACAAUGACCAGUGACACCUUGAGUAAAGAUGAAUCAGAGGAAGAAACAAAAAUACUAAAAUUUAACGAAGAUAUUCUGUGUUCACACGGAGAGUUAUGUGUAUCUGAAAGUGAAAGAAGGCUGGUUUCAAAAAAGACUUGGAAGAAGCUGCAGCAGUACUUUCCAAAGGCUCCCAAAUUUCCAUAUUACAAAGAAUGCUGUUCCGAUUGCAAGAUUUUAGAAAGAGAAGGGGAAGAAAAUGAAACCUUGUAUAAGAUGAUGGCAAAUGAGCAGAAGAUGUCUCUUUCAGAUUUGCUCCAGGACAAAAACAGACCAUGUCUUACUAAGUGGCCAGAGGACACAGAUGUCAUCUACAUUGUGCCACAGUUCUUUGUAGAAGAAUGGAGGAAAUUUGUUAAAAGACCUUUGAAGUAUAGUCCUAUAUCAUCAGUUGAAAACAGUGUUCUCCUGUGUCCUCAUGGGGGACUUAUGUAUACAUAUGCAUCCAUGGCCAGAGAAGAUUCCAAAAUUAUAGUUCCCAUAUGGCCUGAUGAAUGGGAAACGAUACAAAAGCUCUUCUUCGUGGACCAGGUAAUUAGAAUCCUGAGAACACAAAUUGGAGAUGGAGAAGUACAGUAUAUUUCUGACCCCGACCUGUGUCUGGAAUGCAGAGAAAGCUACUUAUGCCAACAGCAGCGUGACCUGUGUGCAUACACUAGAGCCACCAUCUAUGUUCAUAAAAUUGAUGAUAAUAUAAAUUUGACAGAUUCUACUACUCUAACAGUGAAAGGAAGUAGUUCUAAAACAGAAGAGAAUAAGGAAGAAGAUAAAAUGGAUCCAGAUUAUAACCAAAACACUGAUGGCACAAAGCGGCAAAAGUUAACCCAUCUAGACGAAUCAGUCCUUCAGAAGAAAGGUAUUCGACGAAGUACAAGACAAAGAAGAACUGCCAGUGAGAAGGCAUUUCUGGUUUCUGCUAACCAGACAUUAAAGGAAUUGAAAAUUCAGAUUAUGAAUGCAUUUUCAGUCGCUCCUUUUGACCAGCAUCUAUUCCUUAAUGGAAAAACCUUAAGUGAUGAUUCUGCCACCCUUGGUGCCCUUGGUGUCGUUCCUGAGUGUCUUAUUUUGUUGAAGGCUGAUGAAUCCAUCGAAGACUAUGAUGAAUUGGAUGACAUCAUGCAACUGUGUAAACCAGAAGAAGGGUUUAAAGGUACCGGCCUACUUGGACAUUAAUUUUUUGAACUCUUGAUGACUGCUAAUAAAUGGACACAAGGAAGAGAAAUGUGAUGUGUUGGGACAUAAAAAAAGUGGAUUGAAGAACUAAACCAUUUCUUUUUCAAAAGCUAGAAAACCCAAAGUGACUGUCCCAAAUCCCUUGUAUCAAAUAAAGUAGUUUGCCAAGGAUAUCAGACUUGAAAAAAUAUAGAGAGAUAGAUAGAUGAUACCAUCCUAUCUGUAUAAUACCAAAAUAGUUGCUUUGAGAAAAUUUUCAGAAUUUAUUGCUAAACAAAACAGGUUAUGCUUGUGUUUAUGGUAUUAGCCCAUAUCUGUUGUACACAGUAUGCCUGAAGAUCCAUCAAAAAAUAAGAUAGAAAAC